ACCACACCCGCCGCCGCGAUUCACAGAAGCAAGCACCCAUGGAUCGCAUCGAAAGCGUCGACGAGUCGUGUGACCCUUUGCUCGGGUCACUGCCGCCAGCGCCACUACCAUUGUCCCAUAUCCACGCACACGAAGCGCACCACAACGGGUCUGAAGCUUGGAUCCAUACAUCCGCGCUACCUCACUUCAGCAUGCACGACGCGCAGAACAUGGAAUGGGACUUCUCCCAGGUGACCAAGGGCGAUGCGCUCAACAUGGCACGCAACAACCCCAUGCGGAGACGGUCGUCGCUGGCCGUGGGCUCGGAAUUCGGCGAUGCCGAGCAGGCCGAGAAGAAGGAGGACAUCCGCGUGCUGCUGGAUCCGUUCUACGACGUCACAACCGGUCGUCUGCGUCGGUUGUUUCACCACUUCAGUCCCAACGGCAAAGACACGGUCACGUACGUCGAGUUCCAGCGCGGUCUGUCGGCGUUAGGCAUCAGCGUGCCCCGCGACGGCAACUUUGACGAGUUUGUGGCCAAGGUCGACACGAACGGCGACGGACUCGUGAGCGUCGACGAGUUUAUCGCGGUCGUCCAGAUGAUCAAGCAGGCGCAUCUGUUCAAGCCGGACGUGGCAACCCCGCUCCAAGUCGACGCCAAGCGGCAUGUGCUGCGCGUGGUGGACUACUCGCCCACGAGCCUCCGCGCUGUGGACCCCGUGACGAAGCUGCAGUCGUUCAUGGUCUCGGCCAAGCCGCAGUGGGCCACGGUGCGAUGGGUGCACUUGGCGGGGUUCCAGCGAACAGACGACGACCUCAACUUGCGCCGACUGGCCAUCAAAUAUCAGCUUCACCCGUUGGCUUUAGAAGACUGUUUGAACCAAAACGACAAACUCAGGUGCAAGUUCGAGCACUACGACGACCAUUCGUUCUUGGUGGUGCCCGUGUUACGAGCUCUAAGCCCAGACAAGCUACAGGUCGUGGAGAACGUGUUAGCCGCCCAUCGAAAGGCUGCGACAGCGAAGAAGUUGAAGGAGGCUGCGACGGAGAACCACCCGAACGCUGUCGCAUAUCCACAACCACAUAAACCCCCCCACGCGAUCUAUGGUUCCGCGCGUCCUGGCCAAUCAAAAGCGGCCGCGUUGACAACGACAUUGGAUGCGCUCGACACGUUGCUCCGGCCGCCACAGCAACUUUGCGUGUUUGUAAGCAACGACCACGUCGUGAGUGUGCAGGAGGACGUCGACACGAUCGACCCGUCCGCGUUUCGCCUCUGGGAGUUGGUGGUUGAUCAAACCAUGACCAAGCCAUACUCCAAAGUCCGCAAUCACUCGGCGGCGUUCCUGGUUGUGUCGAUUCUCAAUGCUGUCGUGGAUGAGAUGCUCCCCCUCGUCGAAGUGUGCGAGCCCACGCUCAAUAUGCUCGGCAAACUCGUGCGGCUGCAACAGACCGCGUUUGACCCGGCGAGACUCGCGCGUACCAAGAAGCAGCUCAUCGCGAUGGAUAAGAUCAUCCGUCCACUUCUAGACCUUGUCACAGAUCACUUGACCCCCCACGACCAAUUUAACCGCGGCGAAGUGAAAAAUUACUUGCGCGAUGUCAAGGAUCACUUGAGGCAAAUGUCGACUGAUCUGCGGGACCACCAGCUGCUGCUCGCGACGCUCGUGGACGACGACAAGCAGGCCCGCGCCAAGCAGCAGGAGGACGUGAUGUACUACAUCACAGUCGUAGCCGCUUGCUUCUUACCCGGCACAUUCCUCACGGGCAUCUACGGGAUGAACUUCAAAGGCACCAUGCCCGAGCUGGAGUGGGAGGAUGGGGUUCUCAACGGGUACAAGCUGUGGUGGAUUGUGCUCGUGUCCGUGCUGCUGGCCACCAUGGCGUACGUUAAAGGGUGGAAGCAGUGGAUGUAGGAGGUAGUACAUACUACUAGUUCGUUCGUUAGCUUGCACGGUUAACUACAGAAGUAGUAGUCUCACGAGUAUUUAAACGAAAAGUACUUCACAUACUGUACUACAGUG